AUGCAGAAGCCAAGCGUGGACGAGCAGCCUCUGCUCGGACCCGUGGAGCGGAAUGAGCAUGCGGCGGCGUUGGAGGAGGCGAAGCGACUGCUACGGCUGGCUGGGCCGCUGGCGGCAGGCGGCAUCCUCCGGUCCGCCCUGCAGCUGGUAUCCGUGAUGUUCGUGGGCCACCUCGGCGAGCUUCCCCUCGCCGGAGCCUCGCUCGCCACAUCCCUGGCCAACGUCACCGGCUUCAGCUUGCUGGUGGGCAUGUCGAGCGCCCUGGACACGCUCUGCGGGCAGGCGUUCGGCGCGCGGCAGUACCACCUCCUCGGCCUCUACAAGCAACGGGCGAUGGUGGUGCUAGCGCUCGCCUGCGUCCCGAUCGCCCUCGUCUGGGCCAACACCGCCCAGAUCCUCCUGCUCCUCGGCCAGGAUGCGGCCAUCGCUGCCGAAGCCAGCGCCUACGCUCGGUGGCUCCUCCCGGCCCUUGUCCCGUACGUCCCUCUUGUGUGUCAAAUCCGCUUCUUGCAGACGCAGAGCAUCGUCGUGCCGGUCAUGGUCAGCUCCGCCGUCACGGCGCUGAACCACAUCCUCGUGUGCUGGGCGCUAGUGCACAAGGUGGGCAUGGGGAGCAAAGGCGCCGCGCUGGCCAGCACCGUCUCCUACUCCACAAACCUGGCCAUACUGUGCCUGUACACAAGGCUCUCCGGCGCCUGCAAGAAGACGUGGACUGGGUUCUCCAUGGAAGCCUUCAAGGAGCUGCGCCUGUUUGCCGAGCUCGCCGUGCCUUCCGCCAUGAUGGUUUGUUUGGAAUGGUGGUCAUUUGAACUGCUUGUGCUGCUGUCUGGUCUUCUGCCUAAUCCUAAGCUUGAAACCUCGGUAUUGUCGAUAUGUCUUAAUACGGGCGCUCUUAUGUUCACGGUGCCAUCCGGUCUCUGCGCAGCCAUAAGCACACGCGUUUCCAACGAACUUGGUGCUGGUAGGCCUCAGGUAGCGAGGCUGGCAACCAUAGUGGUCAUAUGCAUGGCCAUGUUUGCAGGCUCAGUGAUCUCCAUCACAAUGAUUUUGCUACGCAAAUCUUGGGGUUACAUGUACAGCAACGAGGAGGAAGUCGUGACAUACAUUGCGAGGAUGAUACCUGUCCUCGGGGUAUCUUUCUUCAUUGAUGGAAUCCACACAUCUCUUUCAGGUGUGCUAUAUGGAUGCGGUGAGCAGAAGAUUGGUGCACGGGUCAAUCUCGCCGCAUUCUACUUGGCAGGCAUCCCCUUGGCUGUGUUGCUUGCAUUCGUCAUGCAUUUUAACGGAAUGGGGCUUUGGCUUGGCAUCGUUUGUGGCAGCCUCACUAAGCUUGUGUUGCUCGUGUGGAUCGUACAUUCUAUAAACUGGGAGAAUGAGUCAAUUAAAGCAAAAGACAUGGUGUUAGAAACUUCUCUUCAGGUUGCAUGA